GGAUUGUACCUUUGUAUCUCGCGGGAUUUGGCUCCUGCCUCGCACUUUCCAUCAACAUCAAGAAAAGGAAGGAUCAACGUGUUCCAUGGCGUCUGCAGCUUCCAUUCCACGCGGCGGAUGGGCGGUCGAGUCCACAUUCCAACGUGCUUCCUCAAUAGCCUGCCCGCAUUCCUUGAGAUGGCAGGCUGCAUAACAUUCCAACCAUAUCAUUACCUCAUUUUUCGACCCAGCCACUAGAAUAUUCGGCUUCCGCGAUGUCUGCCCGUAUUCCAUUUCCUAUCCACCAGCCGUACUAUGCUCAACACUCUUCAUCUUCUCACCAACCGAGACACCCUCGACGAAAGGAGAACCGCAGUAUACGUUUAUCCAAAGCAGCACCGGCAUCUAAAUCCUCCUCUCGCAGGGUAUGGUCGAAAGAUUGGUCUUUGAUCCGCUUAGGUGCUCGACGUGAUAACCGCUACAACACUUCAGCGACCAUGGCUACCGAAGGACGAACAAGGGGAUCGUAUCGACGCCAUCGAGGCCUCUGUAAAGACCCCAGCGGGCAGACUGUCACUUUCGAAGAUACGCCAUGUCCAAAGCCUCCUAGCGAUACUCACCCCGGUGACAACGCGAUGGCAGGGAAACUUAGCCAAAGCUCGGAAGACGUACCGGAUACCAUCGUGAAGAAGUCCAAAAAGACCAGACUUCCAGUACCCAAGAUCUUCACGGAGGGCGGCCGGUUCUAUCACGAGAACACAGGGCAUAUUCAGACGUCAGAAUCGCCGAACAGAACUGAAGACAAUCUUGCCAAGUUAGCGCCUCUGGAACAUGAGCACAACUGGCGGAAGUACCGACAACGACUUCAACAAGAGAAGUCACCAUCGUCGUUAGAAUGCGAAGAUCAUCAUACGAAGCAUUCCCACUGCGCGGAGUGCCGUAAAAUGAUGUCAACACACAGUUCUCCAAAGUCAGAUUCGUCCAUCGGAAUACUUAAACCUGUGCAAAAAUCUACACGCGAAGCCAGGAUCUCGACUAGAGGGGCGAACUCCCGAACUGGGACUGUCAGCCCGAGUCCGAAAAGUGCUUCUGUCAGCCCUGCGAGCAGCUCCUCAAAAGACCGCACACGUCGGCAUGACGAUAGAAAGAUAUGGCGCUUGAAGGGGGGCCAAAGUGAUAGUUCGAAUCUUCAUCCCCGCACACCGUCCAAGUCGUCCGAUAGGAGCAGCACGGAACCGGAUUCCAGUGUCUCCUCACAGCAGUCGGUGUCCCCCAUAUCAGGACCGGGGAGUUCAAAUACAGAAUGGGAAGAUCAAUUUGUUGUGCACAUGCCCUCAGCAAGAGAACCUAAUCCGCCGAUGAUGACGGCUCAACAGAUCCUUAACUUCCAACAGAGCAUCGAGAAGGUAUACAAAGAUGGAGACGCCAUGGUCGAUCCCGAUACUUUGCCGAGCCCUCGGACUGUGACGCCUGAGUCCAAGCCGCUAUUGGGCCGGACAAAGGAGAAACAGCUUCCCAAGCAGUCGCCGCACAGUUCCCCCAAGCGCUCUACUCCCAUAUUCGAAGCAGACGCGCAGCCGUUUGUAUCACCAUCUAAAUACCCCCGACCAUACUACAGCACGGACGCACUGGGCAAAACAGGAUCUCGACUGAGGACUGGUGGUGACGGCAGUAAUUCUCCUGUGAGACCGAUAAUCAACCGCGUUAACAAGGAUGGCUCUUUUUUAGGCUGCAGAGCUGUCAACGAGCCAGAUAUGAAAAACCCGGACGAAAUACUGCUCUUUCCGAACAUGAGCGACAGCGUAUAUCAGCGCACUACGAAAAGCCGGAGUACCGUGAAGGAGUUCCAGCCAAAACCAAGAAUCAACGUCCCAUUCGAGCUGCCGACAACGGAGGCAGGAAAAGCCGUUCAAGACGAAUGGAAGCCAAUUUCUCAGAAUUUGAAGCUUGCCCAAUGCUCGAAGCCGUCAUUGAAGACCAUGUCCCCGCCAAAGAAAGCCGAGGAAGACGAAACUCAGAACAAGGGGACUGGCAAAAGCUCGCACAAAGAGAACUCAAACCCGAACGUCAACUUGACCCAGAGCCAGGAGAGGGGACAGAAGGCGACAGCACGAGACCGAGACGAUGUGUUCAUUACCACACCCAUUACCAUGCACACUUCAGUUCCCGUCGACAUGACCACAGACACUCAAAAGAGCGGCAAACGUCUAGACGUCAAACUACCUCCAACCCAGACUAUGCGGAAGACCGCCGGCAGAGCCCGCGAGAACCUACCACGGAUCUCUACACAGUUUGGAUCCAAAGCACCGAUGCCCACUUCAUCCGCAAAAUCAGAACAAGUAUCCGGAGGCUCUUGUCAGGAAAACGCACCCAUGACCACCACCCCCGCCAGAGUCGUUCCCCACGAGGUAGACCAAGUCAGCCCUGAAACCGCAAACACCACUCGUGGGUCCAUCCAUAUGCCAGGAGAAGUGACGAGGUCAGACGCCAAAAAGGUCGUCGAUAAGACGGGACUGCGAGGACGGACCACAUCGGUUGCUUGCCAGGGCUUGCAGAAGCCCAAGGUGCGAGCAUCCCGAGUUUCCGAUCACGGAACUGGGCCAGAACUUAAUCAGGGAUAUCGCUAUCAAAGGGAGACAGCGAGGGUUGUUGAAGUGGCUGAACUUGAUGGACAUCAAAUAGACUUGGGCAACGACGGUUCCUUCUACUGCAACAUCCCCAGCAUUUCCCUCGGACGAUCUGGUGAUGACCGGCGGGAAAACUGCCAGAAUGCGGUCAAUAUCCAGACGAUCUCGUUGUUUUUUGACAUUUUUCUGCUAUCUGCAGCUCAACUGCAGGGGUUUUUCAAUCGCUUCCCGGGGAACGGGUGCGGUGUUUUCAUCCUCAGCAGAGUGUUGCACAUGGCCGAACAUUGCCUGUACGUCUUGAAACGCGUUCUAGCGGUGAUUGCUAUCUACAGGUCAACCGGCUCGUGGCCUCAGCCCCGCGAGGAAGAGCUGUCGCAGUUUGCGAAGGAAAUCGGGCAGGCCUUGCUGUACCUGGUAGUUCUAGGGUUCAGUAUGGUUGUUGUCGGGCGAGCAGCCGGAUAUGUGGUGCUUGUGAGCAGUUGGAUAGUUUGGUUUGCGAAGCCUUUUGGAUGGACGUUUGGGAAGAUCGGACAGACCUUGCUUUCGUAGUGUCUUGUUCUGGGGCUGUAAUAAUAUCCUAUGCAUUGUAUUCUUAUAGCAUUCUUAGUGCUGUCUUCUAGAAAUAUACGAUUUUACUAUGAGAA